AUGUCUGCGAAAUCAGUACAAGGGCCUGGCGGCAAGAAGCCCGCGUCGGCGGCCACAAACUUGAUCGCCGGUGGUGGUGCUGGAAUGAUGGAGGCACUCGCGUGUCAUCCUCUCGAUACGAUCAAAGUCCGCAUGCAACUGUCAAGACGAGCUCGCGCUCCAGGAGCAAAGAAGCGCGGGUUCAUUACGACCGGAACUGAGAUCGUGAAGAGAGAGACAGCAUUAGGCCUAUAUAAGGGAUUAGGCGCCGUUCUCACAGGCAUCGUCCCGAAGAUGGCCAUACGCUUCACAAGUUAUGAGUGGUAUAAGCAGAUGUUAGCGGACAAAGAGGGCAAUGUCGCGUCAAAGUCUACAUUUAUGGCUGGUCUUGCCGCUGGUGUCACGGAGGCCGUUCUCGUCGUCACACCUAUGGAGGUCGUCAAGAUCCGUCUUCAAGCGCAGCACCACUCGAUGGCCGAUCCGCUCGAUAUACCCAAGUACCGAAACGCCGCGCAUGCCAUGUAUACUGUCAUCAAGGAAGAAGGUGCAGGCGCAUUAUGGCGUGGUGUCUCGCUCACAGCCUUGCGCCAGGGAACAAACCAAGCGGCAAACUUCACUGCAUAUUCGGAACUCAGGGCGCAGUUACAGAAGUACCAUGGCACAACAGAUCUGCCUGGCUACGAGACGAGUCUGAUCGGUCUGAUCAGUGGUGCUGUUGGUCCGUUUACGAACGCGCCGAUCGACACCAUUAAGACGAGGUUGCAGAAGACGCCUGCGGAGGCAGGUCAAACUGCUAUUCAGAGGAUAGUAAACAUCGGAAACGACAUGUGGAAGCAAGAAGGUAUCCGCAGUUUCUACAAGGGUAUCACACCGCGUGUGAUGCGAGUAGCCCCCGGUCAAGCUGUCACAUUUACCGUGUACGAAUAUCUGAAGGGUGUGUUGGAGAAAGGCAGAGAGAUGCUGCCUGGUGGGGCAUAUGAGGACGCGCUCCAACCUCGCACCCCACUAACAACGCCCAUAGCUUCCCAGGAGCUCAAAUCCGCCGUCGGCAGCCUCAUAACCUCAAGCUCGCAACGCGGAAUCCUAGCCACAAUCCAAAACGAGACCAUCAUCCCCAGCGACACCAUAUCCUCGUCAGCAUCGACUUUCCUCGCCGACCUCUCCAAUCUCCAGUCCCGCAUCCAGCCCAAUGCCGCACUCUACCUUCUCCUUCGCCGCGCCGACUCGCUCUCCUCGCCCGACAAAUCUCUCGUAGCCGUAACAUACGUACCCAAUGCCGCGCCGGUACGCCAGAAAAUGCUCUUCGCAUCCACGCGCCUCACUCUCGUGCGUGAACUAGGCGGAGAGCAUUUCAGCGAGAGUGUCUUCACGACCGAAGCAUCAGAGCUCACGCCGGAAGGCUGGGAAAAACACAUUGCGCAUACAGCGUCUGACAACCCGCUGACAGCGGAGGAACAAUCGCUGCAGGAUAUCAAGGCUGCCGAGGCCCUGGAGAGCAGAGGCACACGCGGCCAGGGUUUGGCCCAAGGAGGCAGGAUCGCUAUUCGGGCUGAUGAUGAGAUUGGCGGCGCGUUGAAGAAGUUGGGACAGGGUGGAACGGAUAACCUCGUGCAGUUGCGCAUGGACGGCGCGUCGGAGACGCUUCAGCUUGUGUCUUCUUCGUCAGCGACGCCUUCGACUCUCUCCCAGGCUAUCGAUGCUAAGGAGCCGCGGUACUCGUUCUACCGUCACGAUGACGCUGCUGCGAGUAUCGUGUUCAUCUCGACGUGUCCGAGCGGAGCGAAGAUCAGGGAGAGGAUGCUGUAUGCAGCGAGUAGGGGCAAUGUGGUCAGUCUGGCGCAGAACGAUGGUGGGCUCAAGGUGGAGAAGAAGAUUGAGGCGACGGACCCAGAUGAGAUUACUGAGCAGGUUAUCCUGGACGAGUUUAAGGUGGAGAAGAAGGAGGAGAGCAAGGGAUUUGCGAAGCCAAAGAGACCUGGACGGCGGUAG